CAGACCUUUCAGCACUUAAGGUAUGGCCCAUAAGUAAUGUCCAGAAAAUGCUCAUGCUGUCAUGGAAGUGGCAGCACAUUGUUAUGCCGGAAGGGCAUACUGCUAGUGUUUUUCCAAACUUUCUUGUCAUUAUGGUAGUGUAAGGCCUUGUUUGUGGAGCUGUGUUCAUGAGUGUUAGUGCUUUGGCACACAAAUCAUGGGAGCAUCAUAAUGCUAGUGGAUGUGUUUGAAUUGGCAUCUCUGCAGCUGCUACAAGUUAUUCAUGAAAUCAAGAGACAUUCGACAAAUAGUGACGAGAAUUGCCCUUAUCUAUUCAAAACGUUGGUUUCCACACAGACAGCUGCUUUAUGGAAACAUUGUGGAGAGAUCAUUUUCUUCUGUGAGAUGAGCUAUGCCAUUUUUGAAUUUGUGAAGUCUAAAGAAGCCGAAGGUGUAUCAGUUUCGUGGGCGUUGGAUAGGCAGUGCCGCUGGCCUGACCAUGUAAAGACUGAAAAAGCCAACAGAAUGGUUGCUCUGCAGGCAGCAUGGAAAUGCUUUGACAUUGCUGUCAAAGGACUGUUUGGCCUGGCUUCAAGUCAAGUGUCAAGUGGAGCUACCAGCAGGGAGGGAAAAUACCAAGAACAGGCUUGCUGUUACCUUCAAAUUCAUCAUGGAGUGAACGUGAUAACCACUCUAUUGAUGCAGGCAAGCACUACAAUAGACUCUAUUUUUUAUUUAGGUCAAUAUUUAGCUGAUCAAAAAUGUAACUGUGGAAAGGGCUUGGGUUUCUGAAUCGUUUAGUUUCUAUGCACUGUUAGUCAGAGCCAGAUCCAUGUCACAUUGUGGGCACAAUUGCAAGCAUUGUUUACAGGUAAUAUAAGCAAAGAAGGCAACAUUUCAGAAACCAACUCCUUUGCAUACAAUUUUGACCCUUCAGGUUAUACUGUAAUGCUAUUUUAUUACAAUUAUGCUUUUCAGAUCAACCAAUGGAAGUGGAAAAGCCACAAAGUGCACCUGCUGAACA